GAAUAAUUCAUUUAUUGAAUAGUAUUUUCAUAUAAAAGAGGGAAAAACUUUUUAAACAAAUUUAUUACACUUUUAUUUAUUCUAUUCAAAAGUUUCAAAUACUUUUCUAAAAAAGUUUAAGAGUUUAUCAAAUUGACAAAAAUGAUGGAUAACUUGGGAUUAUUUGCUAUUAUGUUAUCACUGUUUGCCUGCAUUUAUGCCGAAACCCUAAAUGAGGACGCGAUGGAAAUACUGGCAAAAGUGGGCACAACUCUAUGUGACCCCAACCUACCCGCUGAUAAGGCGGCGGUGGUUAAGCAAUGUGAUACCAAACUGUCAGCUAUGUUUAAAAUGUCGUUUAACUCAUGUCUGAUGCAAGCCUUAAACAUCAAAGAGAUGACAAUUCCCUUUCCCUGCUAUAGUCGCCAGGCAGGGGGCGAUAAGCUUAUGGAGUGUUUGAAUAAAAGGCGAGAAAUGGCUGUCAAAAUGGGUAUCGAUGCCGAAGCUAUGAGGGCUAAGAUGUUAAAUCCAUACACUGCAUGUAUGAAAGCAAUAGUUUAACACACAUCCAAAUUAUAAAGCCUCC